GUGGUCAGCAUGGGCUGCUCAUCGUCCAGCACGCAGACGCUCGCGCAGGAGGACCGACCGCGCGGCAAAGAAACUCUGCUCUCUCGUAAUGGGCUUGUAGCAGAAGACAGCGAGACUGUCUCGGAUCAGAUGCAGCUGCCAGUUCAAAGCGCUCUGCCGGAUGAGCUGGGUCCCGGACCGGACGAGACGGUGGAAGAUGUCCAGUCUGAGACCUCAGAAGCAGAGCAGACAACGGUCAGCGCUAGUGAUGCUCCUCUGGAGGAGAGAGAUCCAGCAGACGAUCCUGAAACAUCGAGUCCUGAAGCUCCUGCUGAAGAGCAUGCUGCGUCAGAACCCAGUGACGCUACACCUGCAGAACCCUCUCUAGCUGUGGAACCAGCAUCAGAUCUCACCAGCACUCCAGAACCCAAGCCAGCUGAGCUAACAGCAGCUCCAGAAGCCCCAUCAGACGCGAGCUCGGAGCCCACACUGGAGCAAGCAGACACAGCUCCUGAAGCAAAGCCAACCGCAGCUCCAGAACCAGGUCCAGUGGAGCUUCCCCUGAAUGUAGAAUCCACUCCAGCACCAGAACCCACUCCAGUGGAACCCGACCCAAAUGUAGAAUCAGCUCCACCUGCACCUCCAGAACCCAUUCCAGCCGAAGUAAGCCCUGCUCCAGAACUCACUGUGUCUGAACCGGUCCCGAGUGCAGAACCAGCUCCUGCUGAGGAUCCGACUGUGUCUCCAGAACACGCUGCAGUGGAACCAAGCCCAGCUCCAGAACCCACAGCUGAGGAUCCGAGUCCAGCUCCAGAACCCACGGCUGAGGAUCCGAGUCCAGCUCCAGAACCCACGGCUGAGGAUCCGAGUCCAGCCCAAGCGACUGAGGCAGCAGUGAUCUCACAGUCUGCAGAGGAGAAAGAGACCGGCGCAGUCGCUCCAGAGGGAGCCACCGGUGAGGAGAGCGCAGCACAUGCAGCUGUGGUCGGUAAAGAUGGAGCUGAUCUGAAAUCCACAGAACCUGCAGAUUGAUGGCAGUGUGAUGCUGUAAGACGUGCCUUUUAUUUCAGUAGACAUGAGGGUUUGGGCUUCACAUAAGUUUGUAAAUAAAUUAGUGUUUCUAAGUAGUGUUAGCAUCAUUAGCAUUGUUGUUAAAGCCACAGAAAUGCCUCUGAGAGCGCGGGUCCCGUGGGUAACCGGCCGAGCGUGGGACGAAUGUUUGUGCCACUGGAUAAAAUCACAGCAUCAUGUCCACAUCUUCAACUGAGUCAAACUCAACAACAAUGUUAACUCAUCUGAACAAACACGAGCCAAAAUGAGCCAAAUUAUUAUUAAUAAUGUGUCUUUUAAUGGGUCAGAAGGGCUUCGUCUCUUUUAUGUAUUUAGUGCAUCUUUCUCCUCAGACUGCAGAUGUAAAGCAGUUUGACUCUUUACUUGCAUUAAUCAAAGGCAAACGGUAGUAUAUUAAUCAAUAGUAUAUGUUGUUGGGUUAUUUUAGUAUUGUUUGUGGUGACUGAUAGUUACUGGAGCACUAAUAAACCUCAUCUGAUUAGCUUUAAAUCUGUGACACUGGAAGGAAAGCAGUUGCUCAGUGAAUCAUAUCAGUGUGAAAACAUGAAAGUUGAGCUCUUUAUACAAAUAAAUCAAGCUUUUAAUGAACUAUGACAUGAUCUCUGCACGUCUCCUGUAUGUGUCUUUUUUACAUUUAUA